AUGACAGUCAGAAGAGCAGCUCAUGCUGGAAGUUGGUACACCGCGAAUGGGAAAGAUCUUGGAAGACAGUUGGAAAACUGGUUAAAUGCUGCUGAGCUGAAUUCAGGUCCGGCACGUGCUAUAAUCGCGCCGCAUGCUGGUUAUAUGUACUCUGGUGCUUGCAGUGCCUUUGCUUACAGACAAAUUAGCCCAAUAGUUGUUCAAAGAAUUUUCAUCCUUGGACCAUCCCAUCAUUUUCGUCUCGCAGGCUGUGCUUUGUCUACAGCCACUAGUUAUGAAACUCCCCUUUAUGACCUGAAAAUAGAUACUCAAGUUUAUGCAAAGUUAGAAGCAACAGGAGAAUUCGAACACAUGAGCAUGAAUGUAGAUGAAGAUGAGCACAGUAUAGAGAUGCAUUUGCCUUACAUUGCCAAAGUAAUGGAGGACUACAAGGAUAAUUUUACAAUCGUCCCAGUUCUGGUUGGGCCUUUAUCAACUGAAAAAGAAGCACUAUACGGAAGCAUUUUCGCUGAAUACCUGGCAGACCCUCAAAAUUUAUUCAUCAUCUCAUCAGAUUUCUGUCACUGGGGCCUAAGGUUUCGAUACACUUUCUAUGAUAGAUCUUGGGGUGAAAUUUACCAGUCUAUCGAAACGUUAGAUCGAACGGGAAUGAAUAUCAUAAGUUCACUGAAUCCUAAAGCUUUCACAGAUUACCUCAAAAGAUACAAUAACACCAUCUGCGGUCGUCACCCAAUCGGUGUUUUACUUGAAGCAAUCUCAUGUCUUAGCAAGACAAGGAAUAACAGCCAAAAACUGUCCUUGGAAUUCUUAAAGUAUGCACAAUCCAGUCAGUGCAUGACGAAACGCGACUCCUCUGUCAGUUACGCAGCUGGUGUACUGACAAUUGAAUAACAUGAUCUUCAAAUAACGCUUCUUUCUUCUCAUCUUCUAAAAAUCUCCCUUCUUACUAUUUUUGUGACCUUGUUGAUCACACUUAAUGCAUGACAUCAGCCUAAAAAUUGCCUACGUUGUUCUAGGUAUUCAGCAUUUUUAGGCAUUCACUUUUUUAUCUUCCUCCUCAUUGUAUGACGUUUUACAAUGAAAAGAUAAAUAAUUGAACUGUGAAAUGUUUGUAAAUAAUUUAAUCGAACUCGUACUUUCUCUCAAGUUUCCUCUCUCUCAGUUCUUGUAUUAUGUAUUUACUAUACUCUACAGAUUUAAAAACUCUUCCCAAAACCAUUCAAUGAUUACAUUGGCAGUUGAACUCUGAAGAAAUGAAACUCUUUUUAUCACCGUAUUUCUGUUUUAAGUCAUUGCUGCAGUAUAUUGUCACAGAAGAUGUAUUUUGUUCAUGUGUCAAAAACUGUUGUCAGAAAAAAUUCAGAAAUGACUUUACAUUUCAAAAUCAUUGACACAGUUCUAUGUAUCUAACCGACAAAGACAUGCAUUACAUAUUUACUCCAUCUUCAUUAAGACAAAAUAUCAAGAUUUUUGAGCUGCAUAUUUUCAGAGUUCCGCUUGUCACUGAUCCAGUCAUGCAUGUAUUUUACUUCAUCAGUAUCUCAUGACCUAUAUCUGUAGUUAAGAGCCACGGAAUGGUAAUUACAUUUUCACCGAUUUAAGAAAACAGGGGAAAACUAUGCGAUAGUUUCAUUGCCUGCAGUGUAUUUUGAUUGGCUUUAGUCCCUGUAUGUUGGGCCCUGUAUGUAAGAAUUAUUGAAAUUAUAGACAAAGCAAUAGACAAAGAAGACAUAGGGAGUAUGGAACAAUCCUAUUGGUUGAAAUGGGUGGCUCCAAUAGACCAAAGGAGAACAUGUUGGACUAACUCUAGGGUCUCUCAGGGGUUGCCUUUUAUUAGUCUGUUACCUACCCCUUCUGUCCAUUGUAACCUCCCGCUUUCACGAAUAGGAUCCCUCCAUAUCUCUCAUGUCUCCUGUUUCUAUAGCUUCGUCUAUCGAUUUCAAUAAUCGGCCCAUAGUGUUAUGUAGUUAUCAUAACCAAAUUUGUAUCGUAUUUAGAUCCCUUGCCAAGUGUGUUACGAACGUUAAAAACUCAAUUUUCUAAAAGUCGCGUGUUACGUUUCUUCAGCUCUUAACUAUAGAUAUAUCUAAUUAACUACAACCAAUAAGAUUUAAGAGGUCAAAUUAUCUCUUCCAUGUUUUAGGAACCUUAUGGUCACAUUCAGAAGAUAAUUUUCUUUUGUUAACCUGCUCAAUUUGAAUUUUUUGUAAGCAUCCCAAGUGAGAUAUGUACGGUUUGCAGAAGCUUUCCUCUCUCCUCUUUAGUCUUCGAAUUCAAAUCCCAUUAACCAUAGCUUCUUAAAGUACGUCAAUCAAGAGGCAUAUUUCAUUUCCUCUUCUCCUUAGUUAAUGCUUUAAGUCAUUGUGUCAGUAUAUCUUAUUUUCUUUUCAGUAUCGAAUUAUUUUUUGAAGUUACUGCCAUUUUUAUGAUGUAUUUUUGGUACCUUACAAGUGAUUUUAGUGCUUAAGUUUGCUGUUUAUGAUGAUCAGCCACCAAAUAAUACCUCUUGCUGCAAGGAAAUAAUCAUCUCCUCUGCUCUCAGUUUUUUUCUUACGGCAAGAAAUGCCUCACCAGCUUGCCCUGGUAAGCGGAACUUGAGGCUAGAUUUGAUGUCGAUCACGGCGCAACCUGUUUUUUCUUCAGAAUUUCAACAGGGAAACGAAUCACACAAA